GCACGCAUGCGCAUUCUAUCACCCGCCACCUGCGAAUUUCGCGGAAAAAAUAGCCAUCAACACUGCACUGAUAAAAUGAGUAGCCAAGAUAUUCGCCACCGCGUGAAUGCUUCCAUGUUGCACACCUUCCAAGGAGAUAAUGUCGCUCUUAUGGGUGUCGUGAAAGAGAUUGACAAUAAUGGCACAUCAUUCCAAAUGGAGAGUAGUGAUGGACAGUCUGUUCACAUCAUUCUGAAUGAACCACUCAGUGAAGAUCUAACCAGCCUUCUUGUGGAAGUGCAUGGCGUGGUGGAUAACAGGAACAACAUCAACUGUCAAAACUAUGUCCCCUUUACUCCUGAGGUCACACAGUCAUUUGAUAUGGAGACAUAUAACAAAGCCAUAAAAUUAUCCCACAGUUUGAAGGAUCAUUACAUCCAAGGGGGACCACUAGAGCCAAUGGAAUAAAAAGA